GAAGCAACUAUUACCCCAUGGAUAAAGUCAGUAACGCUGAUUAUCGUGUUGUUUCAGGAGGACAAAAAGUGUUUCAUAUGUGACUCUGAGGAUCCCUUCCACGAUACUCUCAAUCCUGACAGUCAUCGCAUCGAAAACGUCGUCACUACGUUCGCUCCAAACCGUCUGAAGCUCUGGUGGCAGUCAGAAAAUGGUUUGGAAAACGUGACCAUCCAGCUGAACCUGGAGGCUGAGUUUCAUUUCACUCAUCUCAUUAUGACCUUCAAGACAUUCCGUCCUGCUGCAAUGUUGAUUGAGAGAUCAUCUGACUUUGGAGAGACGUGGCAAGUUUAUAGGUAUUUUGCAUAUGACUGUGAGAGCUCAUUUCCUGGGAUUUCAACUGGACCCAUGAAGAAAGUUGAUGAUAUAAUCUGUGAUUCCCGAUACUCUGACAUUGAGCCUUCAACAGAGGGAGAGGUAAUAUAUCGUGUUUUAGAUCCUGCGUUUCGAAUUGAAGAUCCAUACAGUCCAAGGAUUCAAAACCUGUUAAAAAUCACAAAUCUGAGAGUCAAAUUUGUCAAGCUGCACACACUGGGAGAUAACCUCUUGGACUCCAGGAUGGAGAUCCGAGAGAAGUACUACUAUGCCAUCUACGACAUGGUGGUUCGUGGGAACUGUUUCUGCUAUGGACAUGCCAGUGAGUGUGCACCAGUGGAGGGCUUAGAUGAGGAAGUGGAAGGAAUGGUCCAUGGGCACUGCAUGUGCAGACACAAUACCAAAGGACUGAACUGUGAACAGUGUUUGGAUUUCUACCAUGACUUACCCUGGCGCCCAGCCGAGGGUCGCAACAGCAACGCCUGCAAAAAGUGCAACUGCAACGGCCACUCCAGCCAGUGCCACUUCGACAUGGCUGUGUACAUGACCACAGGGAACACCAGUGGGGGAGUGUGUGAUGACUGCCAGCACAACACUGUGGGACACAACUGUGAGCAGUGCAAACCCUUCUACUUCCAGCACCCAGAGCGAGAUCUGCGCGACCCCGACGUCUGCGAACCUUGCAACUGUGACCCAGCUGGCUCCCAGAAUGGUGGCAUCUGCGACCGCUACACCGAUUUCUCCACUGGCCUCAUUGCUGGACAGUGCCGUUGUAAAUUGUUCGUCGAGGGGGAGCGUUGUGACCUCUGCAAAGAAGGUUUCUAUGGCCUGAGUGCCGAUGACCCAGCGGGUUGUCAGUCUUGUGCAUGCAAUCCUCUGGGUACCCACCCCGGGGGGAAUCCUUGUGAUUCCGAGACAGGAAACUGCUAUUGUAAGCGGCUGGUGACAGGAAAGCAGUGCAAUCAAUGCCUGCCUGAGCACUGGGGCCUGAGCAACGACAUGGAUGGAUGUCGUCCGUGUGACUGUGACCAGGGAGGAGCACUGAAUAACAACUGCUCAAGUGAAUCUGGCCAAUGCGAGUGUCGGCCCCACAUGUUUGGACGUCAGUGCAACCAGGUGGAGCCUGGUUAUUACUUCAUCUCACUUGAUCAUUACCUCUACGAGGCAGAGGAAGCCAACUUGGGUCCCGGAGUGAAUAUAAUCGAGCGCCAGUACACACCAGACCGCACACCAUCAUGGACAGGCAUUGGAUUUGUGAGGGUCCCUGAGGGGGCAUACCUGGAAUUCUACAUCGACAACAUUCCUUACUCCAUGGAGUAUGAUAUCCUGAUCCGCUACGAGCCACAGUUGCCUGAUCAGUGGGAAAAAGCUGUGGUCAAUGUCUCACGUCCAGGCAAGAUUCCCACAGGUAGCCGGUGUGGCAACACAGUUCCUGAUGAUGAUAAUCAGGUGGUCUCACUGUCACCUGGCUCCAGAUAUGUUGUUCUUCCACGGCCUGUGUGCUUCGAGAAGGGGCUGAAUUACACCAUCCGCCUGGAGCUGCCGCAGUACUCCUCGGUGGACACGGAGACAGAGAGCCCGUACACACUCAUCGACUCUCUUGUUCUCAUGCCAUACUGCAAAUCACUGGACAUAUUCACAGUGGGAGGCUCAGGCGAAGACGUGGUCACGAACAGCGCUUGGGAGACUUUCCAAAGAUACCGGUGUCUGGAAAACAGCAGGAGUGUGGUGAAAACCCCCAUGACAGAUGUCUGCAAGAACAUCAUAUUCAGCAUUUCUGCACUAUUGCACGAGACCGCGUUGUCAUGCCAGUGUGACCCCCAGGGCUCCCUGAGCUCGGUGUGUGACCCCAGCGGAGGACAGUGCCAGUGCCGCCCCAACGUCGUUGGCAGGCAGUGCGACCGAUGCGCCCCUGGCACCUUCGGCUUUGGGCCGAGCGGGUGCCGACCGUGCGAGUGCCAUGCCCGAGGCUCUUACAACGCCUUCUGCGACGUGGAGACUGGGCAGUGCCACUGCUUCCCCGGCGU